GCUAGCUAGCUAGCUCGGUAGCCGGGAGCUAAUAUCAAAUAUUUAAAAUUGAAAGCAUUCAGUGGCUAGCUAUAGCUAACGUUACAUGUCAUGUAUAUCGAGCUGGUUAGGUUGCUGAAACUAUGAGUGCUUAAUAGUUCAUUUUUUUCUCGUCGAUCCGUGCAUAUGGAUAGUUAACUAAAUGGCAAGUUAGUUGUCGAUAAUUUAGCUGCACAAUUUCAGUCCAUUGUGGAAUAUAUUCAGAAUGGCCCCUCGACUACAGCUUGAGAGAGCCGCCUGGCGCUGGGUCGAGACUGUGAAACCGGAGGAUGUUAAUGACGAACAUAUAGAAAUCGCAUACCGCAUCAGAGUACCGGCGUGCAAGCGAGGAACAUGCAGAAGGAAUUGUAAAGGAAACCCCAACUGUCUCGUUGGCAUUGGAGAGCAUGUCUGGUUAGGAGAAAUCGAUGAGGAUGCUUUCCACAACAUUGAUGACCCCAAUUCUGAAAGGAGAGACAAGAACACGUUCGUGGGGCUGACGAACCUUGGGGCGACGUGCUACGUCAACACAUUCCUGCAGGUGUGGUUUCAUAACCUGGAGCUCCGGCAAACCUUGUACCUCUGUCAAAAUUCCCGCGCAGAGGAGCACAACCUGGACUCAGACUAUGAACCCCAGACCAUAUGUGAACACCUGCAGUACCUGUUUGCUUUGCUGCAAAACAGCAACAGGCGAUACAUCGACCCGUCAGGCCUGGUGAAGGCCCUGGGUCUGGACACCGGACAGCAGCAGGAUGCUCAGGAAUUCUCCAAGCUGUUCCUGUCCCUGCUGGAAGACACACUCUCCAAACAGAAGAACCCCAACCUGCACAACGUCAUUCAGCAGCAGUUCUGUGGGCAGUUUUCCUAUGCCACAGUGUGUAACCAGUGUGGCCGCACCUCCUCCCUCCCGUCCCGGUUCUAUGAGCUGGAGCUCAACAUCCAGGGACACAAGCAGCUGACUGACUGUGUGACCGAGUUCCUCAAGGAGGAGAAGCUGGAAGGGGACAACCGUUACUUCUGCGAGAGCUGCCAGAGCAAGCAGAACGCCACGCGCAGAAUCACGCUCCAGAGCCUCCCUCGAACCCUCAACCUGCAGCUCAUGCGCUUCGUCUUCGACCGGCAAACUGGUCACAAGAAGAAGUUAAAUACUUUCAUCAGCUUCCCAGAAGUCCUGGACAUGGGCCCAUUUUUGGAACAGAAAGAGGAGAAGUGUGUGUACGAGCUGAACGCCGUGCUGAUCCACCGGGGCGUUAGCGCCUACUCCGGCCACUACAUAGCGCAUGUACGCGACGCCCGCACCAGCGACUGGUACAAGUUCAACGACGAGGAGAUCGAGAAAAUGGAGGGCAAGAAGCUGCAGCUUGGAAUAGAGGAAGACAUUGCUGAAACGGUGAAGUCACAGACGCGUAAGCCCAAGUGCAGCAAGGGCUACCACUGCUCCCGGAACGCCUACAUGCUGGUGUACAAACGGCAGGUGGAGGAGAAUGACACUGACAGUGAAACGGAGGUUAACAUUGAGGUACCAGCCUUCCUGCAGAGGCUGGUGGAGGGGGACAACAGGAAGUUUGAGGAAUGGUGUGUGGAAAUGGCCGACAUGCGGAAACAGAGCGUAGACAAGGGCAAAGCCAAGCACGAAGAGGUGAAGGAGCUCUACGAAUUGUUACCCGCGGAAGACGGGCAGCUCUUUGAGUUUGUGCCCCUGGAGUGGCUGAAGAAGUGGCUGGAUGACUCCACUGUUACCAAGGCCAUCGACAACACUAAGUUCCUGUGUUCGCACGGGAAGCUUCACCCGGACAAGAUCGGAGACGUGAAACGCAUCUCCGCAAAAGCCGCAGACCUCUUCUUCGACCGAUAUGGCGGGAGUCCCAGACUAGACCGCUCCUCUCUCUGUCAGGACUGUGUGGUACAGCGAUGCUGGGUUCUGCGGCUCAAAAACCAGCUGAACGAAGAUUACAAAGAAGUUUCCAACUUUGUCAAGCUGCCGCUUAAAAGUAAUGAGGGCUAUUGGAUUGGCAAAGCCUCCUUGCGGAGUUGGAGACAGCUGGCCCUGGAGCAGUUGGAAGAAGAGGAGGAGGAGACCAAACACACUAACGGGAAAGCCAACGGGGAAGGCCUGGAUAUUUCAGCUGCUAAAGGUGAACCGGACUCAGAAGUUCCUGAGGUGAAGGAGGAGGGAGAGGACGAGGAGAUGAAGACGUUCAACGAGGAUAUUCUCUGCCCUCAUGGGGGGCUGAGCAUACUGGAGUCUGAGAGGAAGCUGAUCUCGGAGGAGGUGUGGAGGAGGCUGAGGGUGUACUUCCCCAAGGCCCCUGAGUUCUCCCAUCGCCAGGACGCCUGUCAGCAAUGCCUGAGGCUGGACAGGGAAGGGAAGGAGACUGAGGCCCUGAACAAGAUGAUGGCCAACGAGCAGAAGACUUCUCUGAUGAACCUGUUUCAGGAGAAAAACAGGCCCACGCUGCAGAAAUGGCCUCAGGACACGGAUGUUCUUUAUAUCGUUUCCCUGUUUUUUGUGGAAGAAUGGAAAAAGUUCAUCAGGCGGCCUGCGAAGGGGACCCCAGUGUCCAACGUGGGGAACAGCGUCCUGCUGUGUCCGCACGGGGGCUUCAUGUUCACCUACGACUCCAUGGUGAAAGGGGACGCCCAGCAUAUAGCCCUGCUAUGGCCGAGCGAAUGGGAAGUUAUCAGCAGACUGUUUCUUGUGGAUCAGCCCAUCUCCAUCUGCAGAAUUAGUGAACAGACACCAAAGGGCACUGUGAACAUAGAAUACAGAACACAGCCAGAGUUGUGCCUGGACUGCAGAGAGGGGCUGAUAUUCCAGCAGCAGAGGGACAUGAGGGAGUAUGCUCAGGCCACCAUCUACAUCCGCAAGGUCGUCGACAACAAGAAGAUCAUUAAGGAGGCCGCGCCUGAGUUCAACGUGAGUGGCUCGGAGGCGGAGGAUGAGCGGGAGGAGAAUAAAGGAGACGGGGAGCACGACCCUGAUUUCAAUCAGUCAGAAGAUGGCGCCAAGCGUCAGAAACUGAACCACUCGACCAGCUGCCCCAGUGAGAGCUCAAGCCCCAACUCCAGCACCGCCCCCAGCACCGCCCCCAGCACCGCCUCCAGCACCGCCGCGCCCAUCGCCCACAAAGCGGGCAUCCGCCGAAGCACUCGCCACCGCAAGCUACGCGGCGAGAAGGCGCUCAUCGUCUCGGCCAAUCAGACGCUCAAAGAGCUCAAGAUCCAGAUCAUGCACGCGUUCUCCGUGGCUCCCUUCGAUCAGAACCUGUCGAUAGAUGGCCGCUGUUUGACGGACGACUCCGCCACCUUGGGCAGUCUCGGGGUCAUUCCAGAGAGUGUCAUAUGUUUAAAGGCUGACGAACCCAUUGCAGAUUAUGCAGCGAUGGAUGAUGUAUACCAGGUCUGCAUGCCUGAAGAAGGAUUUAAAGGCACUGGGCUUCUUGGGCACUGAAGAAAAUAUUUCCCCCAUGACAGAAGUUGGCAAUAUCAGACCAAAAAGCUUGACAUAGUUGAAGAUGGCAGCUGAUGGAAAGUGCUUUGGUUUAUUUACAUUGUGACUGUAUUUUGCAAUUCCUCUUUAAAUGUUUUGUUUUCCUACAUUUGCUUGCUUUUAAUAUUUAAAGAAGUUUAUGCAUUCUAUAAAACGUACCGGAUUGCACAUCACUAUUCCUACCACGGAAACAGAAACGGGCAAAAUGGCCGCCAUGAGCAUUUCCUGUUGAAGGCGUAAGGGGCAGCCAUCCACUGCAGGUCGUCAUGACACCCGUGAGAGCUGGCUCAUCUGUUUUAAAAAUCCUGUCUCAUUUGGAUUGUUGAAGAGAAUUCAAAAAUAAAUCUGAUGAGAAACACAUUGGUUCAAGCUUAUCACAUUACUAAUAUGUUGUUAAACUGUUUAAGAAUGCAUGAGCAAUUUUUAAAUAUUGAAAAUAUAACUGUUCUCGGGUUUAAGAUUAAGUACCUCAGUAACAAAAUAAUAUUCCCCCAUAAUACAUGAACAUCACAGGCCAAGGGGGAGAAAGGACAAAUUCACAUUGCCUUUUCUUUCUUUGUGAUCUUGCAAAUAUAGCAUAGAUACGCGCUGCAGUCUGUGAUCGGGUUCAGCCCUUUGUCAACUGUUCCUUUCCGUACGUUCUUUCAUACGAGCAAUAAAGUUUUUGUUUUCUUCUA